AGUAUGCGCCAUGACGGACGACAGACCGCACGUUCUACCACGCGCCAAGGGACGCUCGGCGUCGAUAUGCGCCGCGAGCCACGCUUGCAGCCUGGAAGCGAUUCCUCCCUCUGGGGCUUCCCCGGAAGCUGGCCGCAGAAGAAGACCCGCCGCGAGGUCGCAGAGUGCCAGGAUGACCAACCGCAGGUCCGUGAAGCAUCGCGCGGUCGUGACUUCUUCAAACAACGGUGUCAAGAGCCAGAGUAACAGUGAACCCAAGUUGACCGACCAGGAGACUACUCCGGAUGUCUCUCCCCACGUCAGGAGGAAGGGGUCACAGAGACGGGGCACUUCUGUUUACCAGAGGAAGUCCACCGCGUUCUUGGACGUGCCGGAGACUCGCGCCAGAAGCAACAGCAACACGGAAGAAGAGGACGAGGAUUCGUACAGGCUCAGAUCUUUCAGUUUCACGUCCAAAG